AACUGCCUAACAGGUUGCUUCAAGGAUUGGAGAGCAUGUAUGCAAAACUGCUCGGCAUCCAUCGGGUGCUGGCAACAUCUAAUAACAAUAUUUCCCAAUAAUAACAGUAACUAUUGUUACUAGUAGGAAUAAGUCGAAUUAGGAGGCGCGAUUUAGGCGGAACCUGGAAGGCGGCGGACAGGAUCCAGGACAUUCCAAGGCAGGCGUGGGCUUCCUGAGCCAGGAGCCAACCCUCCAGGAGCCAGGGGAGGGCCUGGGGCCGGAAGGUGGGGCGUGCGAGCGGAGGACGGAAGCUCGCCGCCAGGGUCCCCGUCCCUGCCCCAAGUCGUCAACCCCCUCGUGGGGAGCGCACCCUGGCGGAGGGGCAAGUCCCACACGGGCUUUGUUAUGAAUGAGAAGCUGCAGCCUUCAGCCCGCGGAGGGAACAGUGGGGGUCCGGGGGAAUAGCAGGGGACCCGGCGGCAACCAGCAGACCUCCCGGCAGCGCUGGCAGCCUGCGCUCGGGGGCCGCUGCCGUUCGGGCCCGCCACCACCCUCCCCUCCCUGCCGGGGCCCCCGGCUUCCUAGGGCGGCCCCAGCAUCCGAGGCGCCCUUUGCCGUCCCGUCGCCGGGUCCAGGAUUCCCAGGAUCCGGAGUCCCGGCCGUGCGGCCAGCUAAGCAAGGAGGGAGAAAGGAAGCUGGCUGGCCUCCGAAGUCAGCCCCAAGUUACAUGUGGGAAGCGGUGGCUGUGACGCAAGUUUCCAGGGGGCCCUGGGCUCGGCUCGAAGGGAGCACACCGGAGAGACUCCGCUCCGUGCAGUUGCAAUGGUGAAAAUGCAGAAGCCCCAAGCGCGAACCCCAGGCCGCCUUCCUUGCGGCCGCUGCACGCCCGACCCAGCCGCGCCCCCUCCUCCCUGCGGGCCGGCCGAGCGCGCGGACCCUGCUCUGGGCAGUCGCUGCUGGACCCCGGGCUGCACGGGCUGGGCUCCCUGCGCGGUGGCUGGCCUUUUUUUUUUUUUUUUUGCAACGCUUGCCAACCUGUCAGCUGAUGGACCUCAUCACCCAUAGUGGCGCAUGUAGCUCGGCCGCAGCUCCCUUCAUUCACGCCGCGCCCCCCAAGCCCGCCCGCGGCCCCCGGCCCCCUGUGCCCCGCGAGAGGUCUGCAGACCCCGGUUGCAGCCGGUCCCCGGGGGCCCGCGCCCCUCUCGCCCCGGCCUCGCGCCGCCUGGGGGGCGCUGCAAAUAGUCCUUUGUUUACAUGCAAUUCCUUACUCCGCGGAAGGAGGCCGGGGGAGUGCUGAGUUUUCACCAGCUGUUUCCCGCCUUGAAACAGACAUCUGAUCAGCUGCAAACACACACACACACACACACACACACACACACACACAUACACACGCCCGGGGAGGCAGGCCGGAGAGACCUCCCUCCCGCCCCUCCCGCCCGCCUCCCUCCCCUCGCCGCCGCCGCCGCCGCCGCCGCCGCCAGCAUCUGGGACCGGCCGAUUCUGCACCUCCGUCCGGCGCUGCCCUUUGAUUCGGAUUUCCAUCUUGCAUUCUCCGGCUGAUCGCGGGACCUGGCUCGUGCAGAGGAGGGGGGCCGAUCGCUAUGGAGUAUUUCAUGGUGCCCACUCAGAAGGUGCCCUCUUUGCAACAUUUCAGGAAAACAGAGAAAGAAGUGAUAGGAGGGCUCUGUAGCCUUGCCAACAUUCCAUUAACCCCCGAGACUCAGCGGGACCAGGAGCGGCGGAUUCGGCGGGAGAUUGCCAACAGCAACGAGCGGAGGCGCAUGCAGAGCAUCAACGCGGGAUUCCAGUCCCUCAAGACCCUCAUCCCCCACACAGAUGGAGAGAAGCUCAGCAAGGCAGCCAUUCUCCAGCAGACAGCCGAGUACAUCUUCUCCCUGGAGCAGGAGAAGACUAGGCUCUUGCAGCAGAACACACAGCUCAAGCGCUUCAUCCAGGAGCUGAGCGGCUCGUCCCCCAAGCGACGGCGGGCAGAGGACAAGGACGAAGGCAUAGGCUCCCCGGACAUCUGGGAGGACGAGAAGGCGGAGGACCUGCGGCGGGAGAUGAUUGAGCUGCGGCAGCAGCUGGACAAGGAGCGCUCGGUGCGCAUGAUGCUGGAGGAGCAGGUGCGCUCACUGGAGGCCCACAUGUACCCGGAAAAGCUCAAGGUGAUCGCGCAGCAGGUGCAGCUGCAGCAGCAGCAGGAACAGGUGAGGCUGCUGCACCAGGAGAAGCUGGAGCGAGAACAGCAGCACCUGCGGACCCAGCUUCUGCCCCCUCCGGCCCCCACCCACCACCCCACGGUGAUCGUGCCAGCACCGCCUCCUCCUCCCUCGCACCACAUCAACGUCGUCACCAUGGGCCCCUCCUCGGUCAUCAACUCUGUUUCCACAUCCCGGCAAAAUCUGGACACCAUCGUGCAGGCAAUCCAGCACAUCGAGGGCACCCAGGAAAAGCAGGAGCUGGAGGAGGAGCAGCGGCGAGCUGUCAUCGUGAAGCCCGUCCGCAGCUGCCCGGAGGCCCCCACCUCUGACACCGCCUCCGACUCCGAGGCCUCAGACAGCGACGCCAUGGACCAGAGUCGGGAGGAGCCGUCGGGGGACGGGGAGCUUCCCUGACUACCCCCCCAGCCCUCCUCUCCCUUCUGGGGGCUGGAGGGAGCCGGGGCAGCCACAGGGAGAGACGUGGGCGAAUGAGUGAGAAAUUUUUACAAAAUUACGACGUCAUUUGGGUCUCUUUUAUGACCUCUUUUUCAAUACUGUAAAUCGACCUUUGAACGAAGCCACUCAACCCGAGGUCCCGGGGCUGGGAUGUCGCAGAGCGUUGUGGGAGCAUCGGGACCCGGGCUGGGCCUCGGCCCCGGGGGCUGGGGGAAGCUGACACAGAGAUGCCUGGCCUCUCUCUGCCAAAAAGCAUUUUUUCCUUUAAAUAUGUUUUUUAAGAACAGGGAAAAUUAAACAAAACCCCAGGUUAUUUGUUCCCUGCCCAGAGCCGGCCUGGGAUUGUCAGCCUUCAAUCCCCUUUCCCUCCUCUUUUUGGGUUUUCUUCUUUCUCCUUUAAGCACUUACAUGGUUGGGGGUCAGACUAGGCUGGGGUGUUCUGGGGGCCCGGAGGUCUCCGUUGCUUCUCGGUUGGGGUUUGCUGCUGCUGUGCCCCCUUCCCCCUUCCCCAUCUUGGCACUAGAAUUCGCCACUCUCCCACCCCCCAGCCCCCACCUCUGCCUCCAGGUCUCAUCUUCCACCCCAAAAAUGUCUGUCUCUCUCUUUUUGUUUUGUUUGUUGUUGGUUUUUUAUUUUUUUUGGUUUGCUUUCUGUUUUUUUUUUUUUUUUUUUUUUUUUAUAAUUUUGAGGUCUUCGUGUUCAAGGAGAAGCUAUUAUAUUUUGUUAAGAAAGUGGGGAGAAAAAAACCAAGAGGCCGCUGUGCCUUUGUAAAGAAACAAAAUAAAGUUUGUACUUUGUUUUUUA